AUGAACCGUGCUUUUAGCAGGAAGAAAGACAAAACAUGGAUGCAUACACCUGAAGCUUUAUCAAAACAUUACAUUCCCUAUAAUGCAAAGUUUCUUGGCAGUACGGAAGUGGAGCAGCCUAAAGGAACAGAAGUUGUGAGAGAUGCUGUCAGGAAACUCAAGUUCGCAAGACAUAUCAAGAAAUCCGAAGGCCAGAAAAUUCCUAAAGUUGAGCUGCAAAUAUCAAUAUAUGGAGUAAAAAUUCUAGAACCGAAAACAAAGGAAGUCCAACACAAUUGCCAGCUUCAUAGAAUAUCAUUUUGUGCAGAUGACAAAACUGACAAGAGGAUAUUCACUUUCAUAUGCAAAGAUUCUGAGUCAAAUAAACAUUUGUGCUAUGUAUUUGACAGCGAAAAGUGUGCUGAAGAAAUAACUUUAACAAUUGGCCAAGCAUUUGACCUGGCAUACAGGAAAUUUCUAGAAUCUGGAGGAAAAGAUGUUGAAACAAGGAAACAGAUUGCAGGAUUACAGAAAAGAAUUCAAGACUUAGAAACCGAAAAUAUGGAACUUAAAAACAAAGUACAAGAUUUGGAAAGCCAGUUAAGAAUAACCCAAGUAUCAACAUCUCCAGCGGGCAGUGUGACACCUAAGUCACCCUCCACUGACAUCUUUGAUAUGAUACCAUUUUCUCCAAUAUCACACCCAGCUUCGAUGCCUGCUCGCAACGGCACACAGCCACCUCCAAUACCUAGUAGAUCUACUGAGAUUAAACGGGACCUGUUUGGAGCAGAACCUUUUGACCCAUUUAACUGUGGAGCAGGGGAUUUUCCUCCAGAUAUUCAAUCAAAAUUGGAUGAAAUGCAGGAGGGGUUCAAAAUGGGACUAACUCUUGAAGGCACAGUAUUUUGUCUCGACCCAUUAGACAGCAGGUGCUGA